GUAUCCCAUGAUGCAUUGCUCCUCCAACGGCUUCAGUCAAUUCAAGUAGCAGCGCACCGGCGGCGGUGUGUGUGCGUGUGUUUCAGCGUGAAUGUGUGUGUUCUCUAGUUGUUAUUGAGCUGCUUUUCGGGGACCUGUUGGUUGCGGAACGAGCCGGAUCCCGAACCGACCCGAACCGGUGGGUAGAAGCGGUCGAAGAGCCGAGUUUUGGCCUCAUGGUUCGGGAUGUUUUCCGGCCUGUAACGGGAAGCAGAAGGUUUAGGCGCCAGAAUCGUAGCUUCACUGAGACGGACAGCCAACAAACACAACAAACACGGCAGAAAAUAAAAGAAAAUCCCCGUUGAAUGGAUUUGGAUUCUGGACGAAACGAAUCAGGAGCGAUGGGAGAAUCGAUGCAGCCGGCUACACCGAGUCGCCACGAGAAAAGCCUCGGAUUAUUAACCACCAAGUUUGUCACCCUGCUGCAAGAAGCCAAGGAUGGAGUGCUGGACCUCAAAGCUGCUGCUGAUACGCUGGCCGUACGACAGAAGCGGCGGAUAUACGACAUCACCAACGUUCUCGAGGGCAUCGGGCUGAUUGAGAAGAAAUCAAAGAACAGCAUUCAGUGGAAAGGUGUAGGUCCUGGAUGCAACACACGGGAGAUUGCUGAUAAGCUGAUAGAUCUGAAGCUGGAGCUGGAAGAUCUGGACAGAAGAGAACAUGAGCUGGACCAGCAGAGGGUCUGGGUGCAGCAGAGCAUCAAAAACGUGACUGACGACUCACAGAACAGCCCUCUGGCCUACGUGACGCAUCAAGACCUCUGCAACUGCUUUAAAGGUGACACUCUGCUAGCGAUCCGAGCGCCUUCAGGCACGCAGCUGGAAGUGCCGAUACCGGAGUCUGUUGUAAACGGACAAAAGAAGUAUCAGAUCCACUUGAAAAGUUCCUCAGGCCCUAUCGAUGUUCUCCUGGUGAAUAAGGACCCGGCCAGCGCCUCUCCGGUCGUGUUACCUGUUCCCCCUCCGGAAGACAUGCUCCAGAGUCUCCCAGCCUCCUCGGCGUCUGCGCCGUCUGCUCCUGUCACCGCCCCUACCACCAAACCUGCAGGCAACAGUACAACAAGUACAGCCGUUAACAACCAGAGGCCCACGAACACGUCUACUGCACCUGCUACAGAAGCCCCCAGCACUGCCCCCUCAGACACACCGGCCAAUCAGAAUCCAGCAGAGGACAGCCAGCAGCUUCAGUCUUCAGCCUCGUUGGACAGCAGCUCAUCGCUUCCCGAGUCCUCGGCCGUCUUUGAACCAAUCAAAGCGGAUCCUUCAGAGUUGCUGGAUCUCCCCAAAGAACUCUCAGAAAUGUUUGAUCCUACUAAAGAAAUCAUGAGUGCAGAUCUACUGGAAGAGCUCAUGUCAUCAGAAGUUUUCUCUCCACUCCUCCGCCUCUCACCACCUCCGGGCGACCACGACUACAUCUAUAACCUGGACGAGACCGAGGGCCUGUGUGACCUUUUUGACGUCCCUAUUGCCAACCUUUGACCUCCACACGCAUGCGAUGAGAGUAGCGUUACCUGUAUUUAACAAAAGAAGCCCACUUUUUAUUGAAAAGGUGUGGCUGCGUUUCAGAUCCAUGUGAAUAAGCUGAUUUUAUGUGUGUAUAUAGAGUUGUACGUUUUAUGUUUUGUUCUCGUUUCUCUUUUGUAAUAUCCUUUACCCAAAGCAGCGAUCUACUGAAAAGUGGCACAGCAAGUUCCCCUGCCUCGCUCUGUGCCUGAUACGAAGCUUCACCGAUUUAUUUUAACAGCCGUGCUUUUUAAACGCAUUUGAACCCAACAACACGUGGAACUGGGAUCCUGAGCCGGGAUGAAGGCAUUAUUUUGCUACUUUGAUCAAAUACACAAUCAGAAACACCAGCAGGAAUACCAGCUCUAGUCCAUGACCUGUUUUUUACUGUCCUCCUAUCGAUCUGUUGGUUUAUAGAAGUGGAUGUCAAGUUGCUUGCUUACAGAACAUUUGCUUUUAUCACACACACAGCUGUUUUCAUCAUGCUUGUCUUUCACGCAGUCUUAAAACAUCUCCAUAUUGUAAAAGUACCACACAGUAAGUGAGAGAAAUGCAGUGUAGAUUUUGGGUUUGGUUUCAAAUUUUCCAGCAAAAAGUAUCGUGUUAAAGGAGCAGUUUGUAAUUUUUGGAGGUGUCUCAUUUAAAUUCCAGACAUGGGGGAAAAAAAUGAACAGAAGCCUUAAAUGAAGGAAACAAAACACAACGUCUGUUACAUGGUACUAGUGCAAAUCAGGUUUUAUAAGGUAUCUUAUAAUUAUGAUUAUUACAGGUCAGGAAACAACUUUGAACAUUACAAACUGCCUUUAAAGGAAAAAUCCACCCUGAACAAUUUACCAGUGUUUAGAAUUAAUUUGAUAAUCAGUGGCAUCCAAACUUCUUUCGUGCGUAUGGUCAGUUUUCCCUUUGGUUAGCGGUUUCCUACAGUACCCACAAUUCUGUUCAACUACCUGCUGAUUGUGGUGCAGUGGGAUUUAGCACUUGCGUCAUCUCUAGAUAAAGAGAGCGAUGCAGCAGCGCUGUAGUCCUUUAGUCUAGUUCUCUCACCUCUUCAUCGGUACACUCGGCUCAAACAGAUCAGCUUUUAGGUGCAGUGCAUCCUGGGACUUGUAGUCCAGUGUUUGUCUCCACUACUUGUACGCCGAAUUACUCAUUAAUAUGACGUUUAACAUGGCGGAGUAAGGAGUGAGAAACGAACCUCUUGCUCCUUUCUCCUAUUAAACAACUCAUGGAAGCUGUGCCAGUAAUAAGAGUGUCCCUCUCUGAACUCAUCACAGGAGUAACAACCCCGCACAGCAACAAGCACAUCCCGGAUAUUUCAAUAUGAACACAUUUAACAUGUUUCAGGGUGAAGUUUUCCUUUGGGACCUGAAUCGGGUCUGUGGUGCUUUUUCGGUUGUUUUGGGAUGAUGCGAGCUCCGUAGUGUUUUACCGUUUCAGGUUGCGUCUGCAUUUACUCAUGUCACAAAUGCUUCUAUUCAAUGCGGCUGAAGGUCAGUGGUCUUGUUCAAGGACUCAUCAGUGUCCCAGCAGUUCGUCUCGCAAGCUUUUUGUCCACUACUCCACUGUGGAUUGAGAUCAGUCAUCGCCCCCCGCCCUAUAAGCAUAUUUGUAUAUUCAUUUAAUUGUUGCUUAACUGGACAGAACCUUAUACGUUCACUUUUAACCCUGAACUAACUGCUGGUUUUUAAUAUAUGUCUGUCAGAAUUUACAUCAACUGUGUAAUUUAAGCUGUUAACUCUGCCGACACACAGCUGUCACUCCUCUGAAACCUUUUUUUUUUUUUUUUGGCAAUGUGUUUAACCCCUUGUUCCUUCUGUUAUGUCCAGUUCUAUAGUCCCUCCAUCUGUUAUUCAUUUACAUGUAUGUAUAUGUAUUUCCACUCAUCGUAGCUAAAAUAAGUUUGUACUGUUUGUAUAUGAGCAUGACUAUGUAAAGAAGGAAAUCUACUCAGCACCACAUCGACAUCAUCUACAUCUGUAAACAGUUGAUCACGUCUCCUCUGGAACAUAAUUGUUCCCUAUUUUUAAAAAAUGUAUUGCUUUUAGCUGAAGGAUAUUUUUAUGGUUGUACACCAUCAUUAUUUUUGUACAGGCUAGUUAGACAGAUGAAUAUGGUAUGCACAAAGCAGACUUCUUUUCUCCGAUGAUGACCACACGGUCAUCUCCAUAUUCGCACUUUACGACAGUACGAUCACUCGGGUUUCAUUCGUCCACGCCUUUCUGCUGGACGGAGAGCUUCAGUUCAGGUCCAGGGAAAUGUUAUAACCUUCACUCUUCUGUCUCAAUGCCAUCCGCUGAGGUUAUUUGUAACGGAGUAGCCUGCCAGAAUGGCUAUCUGUGAAAGGAAUAAAUGACAACAGUUUUGUAA